UUCGAUCGGUCUUUGUGUUAUUCAUUGGCCUAAAUUGUUUUUAUUUAUUUUAAAAUUUAAAUUAUUCCAUGUUAAAAACUUAUCAAACCACAAUUGAUUUAAUCAAAUGUAGUCGUACACAGUGUCGUUAUAGGCACUUAGUGUUAAGUUUUCGUUUAGUUAAGUUGUAAAUGAAUCUUCUAAAAUGCCUGGCAUUAGAAAAUAUCGACGUGACACGACCGAAGUCAGCUGUUGUCUUAAAUAUGUUAUAUUUGGAGUCAAUGUUCUUUUCUGGUUUAUCGGAUUGGUUGUAUUAGCAGUGGGUGUGUGGGCAUGGACUGAAAAAGACACAUUUAAUAAUCUCUCAAGACUUACAAAUAUUGCUCUGGAUCCAGCAUUUAUUUUCAUAUGUGUUGGUACAAUAACAUUCAUUAUUGGAUUCACUGGUUGUGUUGGAGCGUUGCGAGAGAAUACAUGCCUGUUAGCUUGUUAUGCAGUGUUCCUCGCGUUGCUAUUGCUAGCUGAAAUGACGGCUGGGAUCCUAUUUUUCGUAUUUAAAGACUGGAUUAAAUUGCAAGCUACAACAGGCUUCCAAACGUUCAUCACCCACUAUAGAGAAGAUCCUGAUCAACAGAACUUGAUAGAUUGGAUUCAGGAAGACUGGUUACAAUGCUGCGGUGUAGAAGGGCCCAGGGAUUGGGAUCGUAACGCGUACUUUAACUGUUCGAGCGGCGCCGUAGGCUCGAGGGAGGCGUGUGGUGUGCCCUUUAGUUGCUGCCGUAACAAGCCGCAAGACAUUAUACGCAACAAGCAGUGCGGUUAUGACGUCAGGAAGCCUACUUAUCAAUUAACUGAACGCGUGAUACACGAGCGCGGUUGUCUGGUCGCGGGCGAGGAUUGGCUUCAACGGCAUUUCGCGCCAGUCGCAGCCGCAGUGCUCGGACCUUUAUCUUUACAGAGUUUUGACAUAGCUAAGAUAAUAUAUGACAAGGGCUGUUUAGAAGCCGCUGAAGAAUGGUUUGACCACAAUCUGUUGAUAGUUGCAACAUCCGCUGUUUGUACCGCUUUUGCACAAAUUCUGGGCAUAUGUUUCGCUCAAAACCUCCGCGCUGACAUAUUCGCGCAGAAGUCGAAGUGGCACUGACAAUCAGCCUCUCCUGCCGCCGUGUGACGUCACACGCGCCACACCCGCGACCUCUACCUGCCGCUCUACUCGUCCCACUGUUAGACAAUUGUCGUAGUUCUCUUCUAGUUGCAUAGAUGGCGCUGAUAUCAAUAGCUUGAAGUUUUGUAAGGUUAUCUGUGGCGGCGUAAUUUGGCGGGAAUGUUUGUUGUUAUAAUUUUUGAAAUGUUUUUUU